AGCCCAUCAGGAUUCCAAAUCCCACGUGAGGCUAGUGGCUCUAGGCUCUACCGACUGGUAAUGCUAAUAACUGCUGAUAGGAAAUUCGUGGCCCAAACGUGUUUCACAAACACAGUUUUUUUUCCAUAUGGAAAAAGUGAGCAGAGAAAGGAGAAAAAGAAAUGAAAAGAAAGUGAGAAACCAACAAAAGCGGGAAAACUUCGAAUUAGGAAAAAAAACUACCACACCACAAAGCCAAAGCCGCCCACACCAACAUUGUAUAUAAAUACUCUCUUCUUUCUUUUUUAGGGUUCAAAACAAAAGUUUCUCGUAGCUUCCACACAGUGUGGUUUAGGUUCGCCAUGGACGAUGUUAGGGCAAGCUCAGCUUGGGUCGCCUCCCACUCUUCCCAUGUCGUCGUCGACUCCGCAGGGAUUGAGAAAGUUGUGGACAAUAUUGGGCCAAUCCCAAAAGUGGAGUGGGAUUUCGAAGGGAUUCACUAUUUUGAUAAUGGCCCUCUCACUGUACAGUACCUGUUUGUUCUGGACGCUUUGAAUUUCUGUUUUUGGCCUGACAAGGAGCUCAAUUAUGAUCAUUUGGCCUCGGGGCUAAAGGCUGUUCUACAAAAUGACCAAUCUGCAUUUGAUGCAGAUCGCCUGCAAAAGUACACUGGUCCUCAAUUACGUGAGCUAUUGAAGUGGCCUAGACCACUUCCAUUGGAGGACGAAAGAGUUCGUUUACUUCAUGAGGUUGGCUGUGAACUGGAAAGAAGUUUUGACGGCAAAGCAUCCAAUCUUGUCAAGUCCUGUGGAAAAUCAGCCCUAGAACUUGUAGCUCUUGUUACACGUCACUUUCCUGGCUUUCGAGACCACACGCUGUACAAGGGCCACCAGGUAUUCUUGUACAAAAGAGCUCAAAUAUUUGUGGCAGAUUUAUGGGGUGCAUUUAAGGGCCAAGCAUAUGGGCAAUUUAAUGACAUUGGCUCAAUCACUAUAAUGGCGGACUAUAUUGUUCCAGCAGUACUGCGGCAGCUUGGUGUGCUAAGAUAUAGUUCAACCCUUGCCAGCACUAUUGAAGCCAAUAGUGAAAUAGUUCCAGGCAGUGAGGAAGAGGUUGAACUACGAGCUUGCUCUGUACAUGCCGUGGAGAAAAUGAGGGAGUUGAUCAGUAUGAAAUCAGGAAAGCAGGUGCUGAGUGUGGAGUUAGACCUCUGGCUCUGGGCUUCUGGGGUUCAAUGUUCAUCUCUGCCACACCAUCGAACUCUCUCAAUAUAUUAUUGAGCGUACGUUACACCAUGGUAGCUUUCUUCUUAUAUAUAUUUUAGUGAAAAUUAUUAAGAUCUUGGGUGAAGUUUUUGGACAAGUGUGACAAGAAAAUGAUUUGACGUUGAGUUGCUAAAUGAAAUAUUUCAUUAAGUGCUACUUUUUCCAAUGGGCCCUGGAGCUAUGGCUGCAGUUAUUUUA